AUGGCAUUAUCAAGGAGCAAAGUAAGAUAUUUGUUUCCAAAUGGAACAUUGCAAUCUUAUUACCCAACGUCUGAGAUGUUUAGAAGCCCAAAGGUUGGAACUGCACCAAGAAUAUAUAACGGUUUAGAUCCAAGAAAAGUACAUAAUUACCCAUGGACAAAUAUAUUUAAAACAAGAACCAUAAAAGAAACAGGAUAUCAAUAUGGAAAUUGGGCAGGCCCAUCUAUUCAUUCCAUGACAAUUGAUGAAUUAGCCACUUUUUUCACGAACAAAGAUUAUUUAAAACAUUUUACUUAUUGGCAAUUAUUUAAAGCAACAUGGGGACAAUUUCAAUUUUUAUUUCUUUUUUUGGGAUCAUUAGUAGCUACUAUUACACCCAUAUUUUUAUUUACCCUGUAUUUACAGAAAUUCGAACCAUUAGAAGUUACAAUGGACCAAGAAGAUUAUUAUAAGCAUUUCAAUUGGCAUUAUUAUGGUGGAGAAAUUGAUCAUCAUGCUUUUUCACAAUACCUUGAAUCUAGAAGAGCAGUAAGAUAUAGAAAUGCCGACAUAAACCCUGUUGAUUGGAUACCGACAGAGUAUAGAAAUGAAGAAGAAUGA